AGUGUGGUAUUGCUAUUAUAGUCGAGUAACAAUAUGGCACAGUUUUACGAUAAACGCGAUGUCGUUGAAAAAUACGACAACGAUAUUGAUGAAUAUCCUGAUAUUAUUCACAAGUCAAUUAUGGAAUUUGUUAUAAAGCAAAAUAAAGAUUCUGAAGAUGUUCAGAAAUAUGAUCUUAUGUUGGAUGCAGGAUGUGGAAGCGGUCGCUCGACCACAAUGUUUUCUAAAGAUUUUAAAAAAAUAAUUGGGUUCGAUAUCAGCUCUGAACAAAUACGUAUCGCAAAAGCAAAGAAUAUUUCCGAAAACAUUGAAUUUGUAGAAGCAAGAGAAAGUCAUAUGCCUGCUUCAGAGAGUACGGUCGAUCUCAUAACCUGUGGAUUUGCUAUUCAAUAUAUGGACGUGGUGAAAUUUGUGCAAGAAUGUAAGCGAGUGCUUAAGCCAACUGGAUGUGUUGUUAUUUAUGCAUUCGAAACAUCGGAUAUUCUACCAGUCGGUAAAUCAAUUUCUGCCAUGCCAGUUCUUCUAUCAUUUAUAAAUGAGAUGAAACACUGGUCCGAAAACCACUAUCCACCAGAUUAUGAAUAUUUUUGUCGCUAUGAAAAUGUCUUCCAGAAAAUUUCAGGAAUUUCCAAAUCCCGGGAAGACGAUUUGAAAGCGGACAUGUUCAUUUCUUUGGCAGAUUUAAAAGCAAUUAUCCGAGCUGUUCCUGGUCACGGCAUGUAUGUUAACUGGAUGAAAGAAAACAAAAACAGAGACACACUACAGGAACUUGGAGAUGAAAUCAAAACAACAUGGGGGAUGAAAAAUGUAGAUGAUGCAGACAUCAAAAUGCAGAUGAAAGUUUCCAUUUUUACCAUCAUUUUGACUCAGUUGUAAUGAUCCCUUACUGAAUAUAAUUUAAAUUAUUAUAACUUUUUUUCUCAUAUUUCCUCAUUACUUGCUACGUUACGCUCUUUGAAUGCUGUGUAUUAAACAUUUACUCGAAAUAGACUGCAAUAAAUGAGAAUUUAUAGAUUGUAUUUAUAAUUAACACUGACGAUGAAAAGAAAAUAUAAGCUUGAGCAAUUAAAAUCCAGUUAUAAUUUCUUGCAACCACUUAACUUAUUGUCCGCUGUUAUGCUUAGAUAGAUUGUUUCGAAUUUUGCAAUAUAUAUUUUAAGAAAGCUCCUGGCGUAAAUUUGACCUGCUUUGGAGGUUAAUUUUUUAAGCAAGAAAUUCACACUUUCCCUUCUACACAAAUAGGCUACCGGUUUCAAGUCAUGGCCAAAUGCGACUUUUGACCACAUAACAGAAUGCAAAGUCUUCUAUUUUGCAAUUUAAGUUAUUUGACUCCCAUUACAGCCAGACUGUCUAUUUGUUAGUUAGUUAAUAAAAAUGUCACUGUGAGUGU